CUUGGCUUCUGCUGACGUCCUGUGCUUCCCCUUUCCUAGUCAUUAAGACUGGAACCCAAACAUUUUACUACAGAGCUGCAGAGCCAGUCGCAUAGAAGGGUGCCUAGAACAUUCCCCUUGUUUCACCCAGAACUAGACUCUUCAUCUGAAGCACGGGCCUGUUGAUCCACCAUGCAGACAGGAAUAGCUGUCUUCCUCGUACUAGUUGGCACUUGUCACUGCCUUCCUUUUUAUAAUGGUUUCUUCUAUGACCAUAUCCUCAAUAACAAAUCUGGAAACGGCAAUGGAGACGUUAUUCAGUUCAAUGGUGUAAAACUUGUGGUUAAUACUCCAGAGGACGCCCUCUUUGCCUACCGCGGUGGUAACAUCACGCUGCCAUGCACAUACCACUAUGAACCAGAAAUACAAUCUCCAAGAAGACUCCGCAUCAAGUGGGCCAAGCUGCACAACGAUAACACCAAGGAGAAGGAUGUGCUGGUGGCUAUCGGUUUAAGGCACCGUAGUUUUGGGGAAUACAAAGGGCGAGUCCAUUUGCAUCAAAAUAAGCCCAAUGAGGUGUCUCUUGUUAUCACUGAUUUACGUCUGGAGGAUUAUGGGAAGUACAAGUGUGAAGUCAUUGAUGGACUUGAAGACGAAAGUGGAAUUGUAGAAUUGGAAUUGCGAGGUGUUGUCUACCCAUACCAGCCUCCUCAUGGAAGAUACCAGCUGAAUUUCCAUGAUGCCAAGAAAGCCUGUGAAUCUCAAGACUCCAUGAUAGCUUCAUUUGAGCAGAUGUUCAGAGCUUGGGAAGAAGGUUUGGAUUGGUGCAAUGCUGGCUGGUUAAUGGAUGGCACUGUCCAGUACCCUAUAACUUUACCCAGAGAACCUUGUGGUGGAAAGGAGACAGCUCCGGGAGUAAGGAGCUAUGGAGAGCGUCACAAACACUUGCACAGAUAUGAUGUCUUCUGCUUUUCUUCAGCACUGAAAGGUCGAGUUUACUACCUUGAACACCCAGACAAGUUGACAUUCCAAGAGGCCAGAGAUGCCUGCAUUCAAGAUGGUGCUCAGAUUGCCAAAGUCGGUCAGCUAUAUGCUGCAUGGAAAUUUGUGGACUUAGAUCGCUGUGAUGCCGGAUGGUUAGAUGAUGGAAGUAUCAGAUAUCCAAUCGCUUUCCCUCGUCCCAACUGUGGCCCACCAGAACCUGGUGUACGGAGCUUUGGUUUCCCAGGAAAACAUACAAAAUUUGGAGUUUUUUGCUAUAAGAUGAGUUAAAUGCUGCCACAAUCCCACCAGGGGCCUCUGAACAUUUACUUUAUGCAGCAUAUUCUCUUGUUCCACUAUAAAAAGGUGGAUGAACAGACAGAGAAUUCCUGCCUGAUGGACUUGUCUCACAGCAAAGACUGUUAUAGGAAACAGGAGCUAAAGGGCUACUAUCAAGUCAAUCGGCGUUGUCAUAUAGUCCUUUUAUUGUAUUUCUGUCAAAUUUAAGACUAUAUUUUUUCACAGUUGUCAUAUGGUAUUUGAUGUCUAAGGGUAUGUUCACACGUAUGCAGAUUUGAUGUGCAGGAUUUUCUGCUGCAGAUUUCAAUGUAAACUAAAUGACUGAGCACAGCCUCUAAUCUGCAGUUACAAAUCCUGCGCAUCAAAUCUGCGCAGGAUCCUGUAUGUGUGAACGUACCCUAACGGAGGUAAGAAUAAUACUAACUAUAGUAUUACUGUAACCGCUCAUUUCCUGAGAGCAAAUUAUAUAGGCUAAAUUAUAGCAAGAAUGUAUAUAGUGCAAGUCGAAGCAUUGGUGCAGAUUAAUAUCAUUAUUCCUUCUUAUUUGAUGAACUUUAUAUGGAGACUCGGAAGUCUUGUUGGCAGAGACAUUUGUAAAGUACAACACAUUUAUGUACUGUAUUGAAUUCACAUACAAAAAAAAUAGUUUACCUGCACAUAAUGAAAUUGGAGGGAAAAAUAGUCACUAUACAAAGGCAAGGGCUAUUUUUACAGAAAGUGUAUAUUUAUUUAAAAUAAGCAAAUAUUGAAAGCCUUUUUGUACAUGAAGGAGAAUAUAGAAAAAAUCCUGAAGCGUAUAUUUCUAGUACUGUUCAUCUUUUGUGCCUGUACGAAUUUAAAUAAUAAAAUCAUGAAGGUAUAUGUUUUUAUUCUUCUG